AUGGCCUCUCUCGCCUGGCUUUUCCUCGCCCUCUGUCCCCCAUCACUCCUCGCCCACGCCCGUCCCAGCCCGGACGCCAACCUCGACGCGCGCGGGGCGCCUCCAAGCCCGCUUUGGCGACGGGCCAGCGUGCCUGCGCCCGGCUUCUACAACCCUACGGACAACGGCGGGACCUGGCUCACGGUGCUGGACGGAACCUUUCCUGCGGGCCAGGGCGAAGCAAUCAACGUCGUCAUUUCCGGGGACUCGGAUUCAGCUGUGCUAGUCAACCAAGAGCCAGAUGGGGGGCUGCUGAACUACUUUGUCUCUUUCGGGUACUCGACAGAAUGUCUUGGUCAGCACGACGGCACUCCUCAACGAGCCAAUUUGGGAGACGGUAAUGGAUACGCUAACCAAACCGCUGAGAUACGAUGGGACUAUGGCGACCCCGAGCUGGGUACGUGCCAGGAGACGAUCGAGGGUGGAAGCCACUUCCGGUAUUGGAUACAGAAUGGGGACCAGCAUGACACGAAUGCGGUCUUCAUGGCGGCAUCAUAUGAGCUCCCCGAGACAGAUGGCCAUGACAUUAUAUUCAAUGGAUACAACCUUGGUCGGGACUGGCUCAUCGGCAACGUGACGAACCAGACUCAUAUCAUCCCCACUGCCAACCUCACAAACGGCACGUCGUACACGGGGCAGACGUCGUACGAUGGGUACACAUACGAGACGAACGCUCAGUACCUGUAUGGCUACGCGCCGAACACAAGUUACGCCGUGAACCACAACAUCACGACGUCCAACAAUGUGACAAAUUCGGACGACGGCUUCAUUGCCGUGUUGACCGUGAAGAUCGUCACAGCGCCCCAGUCCUCGUACGUCCUCGGUCGCUGUGGUCUCACACCGUUUGUCUGAUACUCCGAACCACAGGGGAGCAUUAUCAUGGCGGACACCCUCACCAUGGGUCCCGCUUGCUGUAGCAUGCCUGCUGCACCUCCUCGUAUCAUCACUCCCUCUGUAGAUCACAUACAACAAGGACUCCCGCUCGCUGUGUAACGAUACCUCACGACCUUCCCGGCUUCCAUUACCCUCUCCUGGAGCUCUUUCGUCUCUCCGACACUGCGAUGCCCCUACCCCUCCCGUCAGCUGCUCCUCGCUUACG